AUUAGAAAUGGGAUUGACGAUUUCCAGUCUGUUUGGCCGAUUAUUCGGGAAAACUCAGAUGAGAAUAUUAAUGGUUGGAUUGGAUGCUGCUGGUAAAACUACAAUUCUUUACAAACUGAAACUUGGAGAGAUAGUCACUACAAUCCCAACCAUAGGUUUUAACGUAGAAACUGUUGAAUACAAGAACAUUUGCUUCACUGUCUGGGACGUCGGCGGCCAAGACAAAAUCAGACCUCUGUGGCGCCAUUACUUCCAGAAUACCCAGGGACUUAUCUUCGUGGUGGACAGCAACGACAGGGAGAGGAUACAGGAGGCACAGGACGAACUUCAGAAAAUGUUACAAGAGGACGAGCUACGGGACGCGAUUAUCCUUGUGUUCGCAAACAAACAGGAUCUUCCCAACGCGAUGACCGCUAGCGAACUCACAGAUAAGCUCGGACUUCAAAACCUCAGAAACAGAAAGUGGUACAUCCAGGCAACCUGUGCAGUGCAAGGUCAUGGUCUAUACGAAGGCCUGGAUUGGCUUUCCAGCGAGCUGAGCAAGGUUUAAGGACACAACCUGGCGGGGAACAGACAGCAUUUAUGCCACCCAGUCUAGAGAGUGCUCGAACAUUUAAAUAUAUAUACUUCAGCGGAGAAAAUUAUAGUUUAUGUUGUAAA